GUUUUUCUCGUUUCAGUUUUCUACCCUCACUCUGGCGUAAACUUUUUGCGCUGGUUUUAAAAUCACACACAUUGUGACUUAUGUUGAGGUUUCGAAAAAAUCCCCAAAAAUGUUAGGGUCACCAACGAAGACCCAAGCAAACACGCUGAAUGUGUUUCGGGAGCAUGAUCAUCGUACUUAUUAUGGAAAGCGAUCUGCAAAAUUGACUGGCGACAACUGGAUUAUGAAUUUUGUACUGGAUUUCAAAUACGAAGUGGAUGGCGACGAUGGCGAAGCCGGCGUGGUUUUCGACAUGCGAACCAAUGCCAAUCCUCAGCGGGUUCACGAAGUCCUGAUUCUGAAUGUCAGUUGGAAAAACAACGCUAGUGUCAGAGAUGGUAUUCACAAAGGUAUUAACAUUCCUGCUUUGGCUAUUCUGCCACCAAACAUGGUGAUGAACCGAUAUCUGGACUGGAAAUUAACGAGCCGGAGCGACUCCCAGAAGCAGGCAGUACAUCGCCUACCGGUCAAACGUUUGGGUAUUCAGGAUGACAAGAGGACAUUAAUUCUUGGACCUGAUGCAAUGUUUGAGAUCGGACGAGAACCAUCCGUAAUCUUGCAGCCAGGAGAAGGCAUCUACGCUUGGACGCCGCAUAAUACGCAACCGAAGGACAUUAGUGUUCACAAGGGAGAAAUAUACUACAACCUGCUGGAAAUACUGCAGCGGUGUUUGCCACCGGAGACAUUCCAUACUUGGAUUCUGAUGCUUGGGCAUACAUGGAUGAGCAUGGGAUACAAUCUCCUGGCAGACGUUUUGCAUGGUAUUCCAGCAAUAUGUGUUGUUGGAGAUGCUAAUACCUGGAAAAGCCUAUCCGCCGCAUGCUGCUUGGACUUUUUCGGACAGAAUAUGCUGGAUCACUGCAACCUGCGGUCAAUCACCUUGCCAUCCCUUGAGACGCGCUGGGUAACGAAGCCUCUUCCGUUAAUAUCGCACGACUUCAAAAACUACAAGACAGCCGUGAUGAUUCUGGAAUGUUCGUAUGAGCAAACAAUCCAUGUUAACUGCAAGACGCAAGAAAAAAGAGUUAAGCCGGCUACCUCAAUCCUCAUGACCAUGAAUUACGAUAUUUUCGAAGAUACCGUGCAAGCCGCAACGGACAGGAAUCGACUUAUGACCCGAAUUUGUGCGUUGGAGAUGAACAUCGAAAUCGCCGAUUUAGAUGAUGACGACACUCAGGCGUUAAAAAAGGCUCGCAACCAAGCGUCUGGAAACGCUGAAAAACUGGUUGCUCUGUAUGCACCCGAACUGAUGCAGGAACUAGUAAAAGAAAUCAACAGUGCCAAAACGAAAAUGCUGGGCAUUCUAGCCGGCUUCGGAGUAACGACAGGAGUUCAGAGGGCAGCACGGAUGUGGGCUACGUUACUGAAAGCAGGAGAAAAGGUAGCUGCCGCCCUGGAUUUUGAUGUGGAUAAGGGGGCGCUGUUAGAGUGUGUCAAAAAACACGCACGCUUCACCAGUGGAUACCAGCAGCAAGUCAACAUGUGA